GCCUCGCAAACGUUUGCCAAAACAGCCUGCAUCGCUCGACAAAGGGAAAACAGGAAGCUUCUUCUCUUGUUUUGCGGCUUUUGAUUCUCAUCUACCAGAAUUUCAACAGGCUCGCAACUGUUUAUUCCAAAACUCUGGGCAAAUCCAGAAAAAACCCUCGUGGUUUUCGUGUUGUGUUACUUUUCUUCCUCUACAACUUCUGUCCUCAGCUCGGCGGCGGUGGGGGAAGCCCAAGUACACAUUCAUCUUAGACAAUAACGCAGAGCAGUCGUGCUAUUGUUCUAGUUCUCCGCCCGCUUCGUGGACUGCACGUAAUUCUAUGCCAGUUUAAUCUACGCAGCUCUACGCUCAUCAAAAAAGAAAGACAUCGACAUUUCUUUCCGUAUAACUAUACUUGACUGCACCGUUGCGCUUCGUACAGGCUUUUUUCUCUUGCACACUCGGUGUAUUUUUUUCUUUUCCCCCUUCUAGUCGUGUCACUGCGAAGAAAAAGACUCGCAGACGCAAAACAUGGACAACGACAUGCACGCGCGUUUCCAGCGGAUGCUGCUUGGUGAGCCCGAACCGGAGCCCGGACCGGAGCCUGAGAUGGAGCCCGAACCGCAGCCGCAACUCGAGUCGGAGUCCGUGCCGCAACCUCAGCUGCAGCCCGAACAGCAGCUGCAGCCACGAACAGAGCCACAUCCACAAGCGGAAGCACAAUCACAAGCAGAACCUCAGCCAGAACAGCAGCUACAGCCACAAGCGGAAGCACAGCCCCCACUUCUUCCCCUACAGCAACAUGCCGACGCCAACGCCCCUCUCACGCCGAGCCCACCAGCAGCCCCUACUCCAUCCCUCUCCGCGGUCUCCAAGCACCUCCCCGCGCAACCGCCGUCGAUGGUGUCCGUCAUUCAAGACCAGUGGCUGCUACUGUGCGACUACUUCCAGCGUGUGCACUGUGCAAACUCCGUUGAGGAGCGCGCCGUCCUUGUCCGCGAGCUCGGCAUCGUCGAGGACAGUCUCAACACCAUUAUCGACGUGUUACUCACGGACCGCAAGCAGUUCACCUCGGCACAGCUGCUGCACACCCACCUGCCUAGUGUUGACGACUCCUUCCACUCUGAACUCGAAGCGCCCGCGCUAAACCCACCAAGGACACGAGAAGGCGAGACAGCGAAAGGUAUGUCUUCACCCGGUAAUGGGCCGCACGCGCCCCUGAGUGGUGCGCUGGUGCCCGCAGCUGCCACCGCUUCGGCGCCGUCGCCUGCCAGCGGCUGUUUUUUCGACGGCGCGCUGGCGUCUCUUCCGCCAUGUUAUCGCUUCCUAUUUGCGGACGCACACCACGACGGGCCGCCGUCUUCUGUUGAAAGCAGUAUGAGAGGCGACGAGAGUGGGAGCGCGAACAACCGUAGCGGGAAUGACGGACCUACUCCACUACCGGUUGCACAAGCAGAUGCCGGUACACACGCCAGCAAGACAACUGGCAAGCCAUUCGAUGAGCCAUCGCCCAUCGGCAGCAUCUUCCUUCUCACGCUGUGCCAGUACGCAAAGCAGGACGAGCCACCCGGCGUCCGCUCCAUCAUGCUCGAGUUCCUCGUGCGGCUGCUGCAGGAGGCGGACUUGCCGACUGACCGAGCCGCCUAUCCCGUCGGCGAUCCGGUGCUCUCCUUGCUCCAGCUGAACCCGCAGCUGUUGAUCGUGCCGCUGCUCGACAUGCUCCGCCAAGUCAGCAGGAUGCUCAAUCCAUCCACCACGCCACUGAAGCACGGCAGCGCGUCCAUGUCGUCGUCGCUGAUCUACCCCUGGACCGGCGGAGACGACGAUCAGGACGGAACCUUCCUUCAAGACGCCGGGCGCACCCAGUUCGUCAUCUUCCUGAGCAGCCUGGCGGAGAAGAUGGAGCGCGUACCGGCGCUGGCGAACUUCUUCGUGGUCGAGGACGGCGCGCAGGGGGAGCGCAGUUUGUUUGUGCUGCUGGACGCCCUGCUGCCCUACCUCACGCACGACUGCAGUGCCCCUGGGUGGACGCACCGCCGCGACACGUGCCGCUACGCCCUGAGCGCCGUCGUCUCGCUGGCCAAGUGCCCCGACCCGUGGAUACAGGCGCUGGUGGGCAAGGAGGACCGGGUGGCGUCGCGCACCCUCAUGGCAGCGCGCACCACGCUCUUGACGCUGUGCAAGAUUCCGGACAACGACGAUAGCUUGACGCAGGUGCUGUUCCUCCGCGAUGUGCUGCGCUUCUGGGCGACGUUGCUGACUAUGUCGCCCGGCGUCGCCGCGGACCUGCGGCUCGCCACGUUGAUUGACAGGGAAUUCUACUUUCAGACUCUGAUCCCGCUGCUGCAGUCGUCCGACACGCACGUGUACGCCGCGGCGUGCCUGGUGGCGGCGCAGGUGCUGCGUGAGCUGAAGGGCAACGCACCGGCGCUGACAAGGGGAUUGGCCAACGCAUUGCUCGCGACGUCGAUCCGUAAGUCGUCGGGCCGCAUCAUUCCGCAGGCCGAUCACUACGACAGCGUCGUGACGGACGAGGGCGGCCCGGGCAAGGCCAGUCCGAGUGCCACCACGCUUGGACAGCAAGAGGAGGCGGCUGCGGCGAGCCUGCAGGUGCACCCCACGACGUCCUUUUUUUCGUACUACAUCCUCCCUCACCUCUCUAGCAACCCGUACAUGUCCGCUGAUGAGCGGGAGAGCAGCGCGAUGCUGGGCUACGCCACGACGCGGUGGUCGACCGCGAAGGCGACGCUGGUGCUCAUCCAAGCCCUCGCCGAGAACGUGCCGGACGUGUUUUUGCGCGAAGUGUUCUUGAUGGACACGAGUUCCCUUGCGGACGUGCUGCGGAGGCAGCGGCAGGACACCUCGUCCGGCGCUACCUCCGCUUCUGUAGCCGCAGGCGACGGCCGCGUGGCAAACCUCGGGCUGUGGUCGACGGGCCGGGCACCACCGCACCUGAAGGUGCACGAGUACUUUGUGAAGGAGUUGCACGAGACGACCGCGAACAGCUCUGUCCUGGGUUUGCAGGCGGAACAGGUGGGGGAGGAAGUGCUGACACGGCUGCUGCGGACGGAGGGCAACAUGCCUCUCGAUGCCUUGCGAGCACGUCAGGAGGUGAUGAGUGCGAUGACCCAGCUCAACCCGAAGAGCACCAGCUCUCCGGCUGCCGCCACUGGUGCGGGUGAAGGCAAAGGAAUCGUCACCCCAACACCCUCCUCACACCAGCGCACGUCAGGGCCGUCGAGCAACUGUUGGCGCCACGCGGGAGUGCAGCGCUCGCCGCUUACGGUGGCUCUCUGCGAGAUGGUGCAGCACCUGGACGCAACGCCCUUCACGGUGAGCUCCUUAAUCGCCGAUCUUGUGGUGUCGCUCUGCGUGUUGCCGGAUCCGCGCGUCCUUUACACCCUGCUGGACCCGGUGGAUGGACCGCUGAAGGCGGCGCUGUGCCAACUGCGCGAUGUUCUGCAGCACAAGAUACACGCAAAUGGGGUAGGUGGGGCCCAGGCGCCCACGCCCAAGAAGACGGCGGCCGCUGCCGGUACCGCAACAGCUUCUUCCGCCACGACGAGCAGUUCACUUCUCCAUUUGUAUGAUGCGCUGCUGCAGCAUUGGGAUGCAUUCAUGAACGACGACGGGGUGGCGGGCGACGGCGAACGCGUGUCUUCUGUGCCGCGCGAUGCCGCGGGUGGGACUCCGCCACGAAACCAGCUUGGCGCCGGCGUCGUCACUGCCGCGCUGCGUGAUGCGAUGGAAGCGAACAGCAAUGUGCUGCACGCCUGCCUCUAUUCGGAGUACAUGCUGGCGCACCUCGACGCCGUUAUCGGGUACUCUGCGCUUUCCCAAAACCUCAUGUACCUGCAGACAUCGUUGUAA